ACGUUUUAAAAAUCUUAAGGAAAAGUCCAAAGAGGACAUUAUUGGCUAGUGAUAACGAUAGGUUUGGGCGGUUACAUGAAUUGUGUCAUUUUCUUAUCACGGGCUCUGCUUGUUUGAUUCACAAGCAUUGUUGUACACAAGAACAUCGUCAAUUGUGGAGAGUCCUUUAUAAACAAUCUCCCUAAAAGAUUUGAAACUCAGAACUAUUAUCUAUAAUGAGCAUAGUAGAAAUUCUAUCCAAAUGAUGACAUCAUUGGAUGUAUGGAGUUGAGCAUCUCUCUUUCGGAAUCAUGGGAAAGCAUUGUGGAAACCAAAUGGUGGCAUCUGUUUUUGAGGUGAUCAAUCGACAGACAACGAUGUCGGGCGACGUUGUUGAAGAGCUAAAUGUGGUGGAGGGUACUAUUGAGUUGAGGAGUGUCAAAUCUCUAAGAAAGUGCAUUGGCCUUGUUCAACAGGAACCAGCUCUUUUCACCACGUCGAUUUACGAGAACAUUCUCUACCGGAAAGAAGGAGCUUCCGAAGCCGAAGCAGUGAAGCUCGCCAAUGCACAUAGCCUCAUUCCACCAAAGUAGGUGAAAGAGGGAUCUAACUUUUGGGUGGCUAAUGACAACGACUAGCAAUUGCGAGGUAGUCUUGAAGAACCCAAAAAUUCUACUACUUGACAAAGCCACGAGCGCCUUCGAUGUCUUAUCGAAACACGUGGUUGAGUGAGCGUUAGAUAGGCUGAUGAAGAACAGAACAACAGUGGUGCACAUGGGCUUUCCACCAUUAAAAACCGUGACCAAAUCUCAGUGAUCCAAGAUGGAAAGAUAGGUGAACAAACAUCCAACAACAUCCAACAACAGCAACAAAGACAGUGAUUAUGUUACAUAGAACAACAACCAAAAAUUUUG